AUGCCGUCCGAACGCCACCCUCUCCUAUCCAACCGCGGCGAGUCGGCCGAAGCCGCUCAGGCAAAGGCCGCCCUACGCUCUUCACGCAUCCGCGAGAUUGCCUUCUUCGCCUGGGGCCUCCUUGCCACUGCCGCCUUCAUUGUCGCUGCCGUCUGGAUCCAGCAUGGCGCGCAGACCGGCCAUGACGGCGACAACGACAAGGUCGCUCCAAAGCGCAACCUCGUCUUCGUCGUGUCCGACGGCAUGGGCCCGGCAUCGCUCUCCUUGACCCGAAGCUACCGCCAGUAUAUCAACAACCUCCCUGAGAAUGACACUCUUGUCCUGGACCAGCACUUCUGGGGCACCAGCCGCACCCGCUCCAGCAACUCCCUGGUCACUGACAGCGCUGCUGGCGCCACCGCUUUCUCCUGCGGCCUCAAGAGCUACAACGGCGCCAUCUCAGUCCUGCCUGACUUUGAGCCGUGCGGAUCCGUCAUGGAGGCGGCAAAGAGGGUCGGAUACACAACGGGAUUGGUUGUCACAACCGACAUCACGGAUGCUACGCCCGCCACCUUCGUCAGCCACGUCCUGGGGAGAGAGAUGCAGGAUUCAAUUGCCCUCCAGGAAAUCGGAGAGGGCGUCUUGGGCCGUUCUGUCGAUCUCAUGCUCGGUGGUGGCCGCUGCCAUUUCCUGCCCAACACCACCAAGGGCGGAUGCCGUGAGGACGAGGUGGACGUUACGCGACUGGCUCAGGAGAAGCAUGGGUGGACCUACGCCAAUGAUCGCCAAGGCUUUGACGCUCUCAACGGCGGCAACAAGGUCAAGCUUCCCUUCCUCGGCCUGUUUGCUGAGCGAGAUGUUCCUUUCGAAAUCGAUAGACAGAAGCAGAACGAUGUUUACCCCAGCCUGAGCGAGAUGGCCACCACCGCCCUGCGAGCCCUCGAAAAGGCAACCAAGCACUCGGACAAGGGCUUCUUCCUGAUGAUUGAGGCCAGCCGCAUCGACCAUGCCGGCCAUUUCAACGACCCUGCUGCCCAGGUCCGCGAGGUUCUCGAAUAUGACAAGACGUUCAAGGCCGUCCUUGACUUUAUCGCCGACAGCAAGACGGAGACGGUGCUCGUAGCCACCAGCGACCACGAAACCGGCGGUCUCGCCACGGCCAUCCAGGAGCCCGGCCAUCUGCCAGUGUACAACUGGUAUCCUCGCGCCCUCGCCAAGGCCACUUCAUCAUCUGAGUUCCUCGCCGCCAAGCUCCGCUCCCACGCAGCAUCUGUCUCGCCUUCUUUCAAGGACAACAACAAGAUGGAGAAGGAGAGGGAAAAGGCCAAGGCUGACCUCAAGGAGUGGAUCAACAAGGAACUCGUCGUUCCCGGCCUCGGCAUCUCCAACGCCUCCGAGGACGAGCUCGAGGCCCUGGCUGACAACGCCGAGGCAGCCCUUGAGAUCUUCUCUGCCAUGAUUUCCCUGCGCGCGCACGUCGGCUGGAGCACCCAUGGACAUACCGCCGUAGACGUCAACAUUUACUCGUCUGGAGGUCCUGGCACGCACAAGCUUCGUGGUAACGUCGAGAACACGGAUGUCGGCAAGUUCUUGAGGGACUAUCUCGAAGUCGACGUCGAGGAGAUCACCAAGGAGCUGAGGGAGAAGACGGAGAAGCCCGGUGCCGCUGCGAAGAGCAUGGCGACCGAGCAGAUGGGCGCUGUAGAGCACUAUCACGCACUAGAGAUUUGA